AUGGGGGAUGCCGGUACCGGUGAGGGAAACGCGACCCUACCGGCUCCCCCUUCCCCUGCGCUCCCCCGAACCGGCUGCCCCCGCCCCGCCCCGCUCCCCCCGCGCCGUUCCCGGUUCCCGGGGGGCACUCGGGGGCACGGCGCGUUCUCCCCCCGCCGCUGCCGGGGCGGGGCCGGGAUCCGGAGCACUCCGGGAGGGGGGGAUGGCGGCGGGAAGGGCUCCGGGAGGCGGCCGCCACCCCCCGGUGGGACUGUCCCUGCCGGUAACGUGUGCCCCCCGCGACAGCGAACGGAGCAGAGCGGCCCCGGCCCCCGCGGAAAAGCCCUGAGGGAGGCGGGAGCCGGCGGCGAGGAGGAGGAGGAGGAGGAGGAGGAGGAGGGAGAGGAAGCGAGGGAAGGAGCCAGGGGAAAACAGGAGCGGGAAGAGCUCGGAGCGGAGCCCGGGAGCGGCCGGAGCGCGCCGGAGGACAGCCGGACCCCCCCGCGGCCACCGCCGGACCCGCCACCCCUCCUCGACGACACCGCGCGUCUCUUUCCAGCUGGAAUUCCGCUUCCCGACAAACCCCAUCCUCUCCUCCUCCUCCUCCUCCUCCUCCUCCUCCUCCUGCCGCUGCCACCAGCGGUGUCACCGCAGGGCCACCAGCGGAGUGUCCCCGCAUGGUGCGGCCGUGAGCGGCGGCGUUAA